GCCAAGCUGAUCGUUCCCAACAGCACAGCAGGACUGAUCAUCGGUAAAGGUGGAGCGACAGUCAAGGCGGUAAUGGAGCAGUCGGGGGCGUGGGUCCAAUUAUCCCAAAAGCCAGAGGGCAUCAACCUGCAGGAACGUGUGGUCACCAUCAGCGGGGAGCCCGAGCAGAACCGCAAAGCUGUGGAGAUUAUCGUCCAGAAGAUCCAGGAGGAUCCACAGAGCUCCUCCUGCCUCAACAUCUCCUACUCCAACAUCACAGGGCCCGUCGCUAACUCCAACCCCACUGGCUCCCCGUAUGCUAACUCCACCGAGGUCAUGCCGGCCGCGGCAGCCGCUGCAGCAGCCACAGCUUCCUCUCUGCUCGGUCAGGCCAGCCUGGCUGGGGUCGGGGCCUUCCCGACCACCAUGUCCAGUCUCUCAGGCAACGACCUGCUGGCCAUCACCUCCGCCCUCAACACCCUGGCAAGCUACGGCUACAACACCAACUCCCUGGGCUUGGGGCUGAAUCCUGCCGCAGCCUCAGGGGUGUUAGCAGCUGUAGCAGCUAAUGCUAACCCAGCAGCAGCUGCCGCAGCUAAUUUGUUAGCAUCUUACGCCAGCGAUGCAUCCACCAGCGCAGCUCAUCCAGCGGCAGGUCUCGGAGGCUUCUCCCUGGGAUCCCUGGCUGCAGCUACAGGGGCUACCAAUGGCUACUUGAGCGCUGCAUCACCCCUGGUGGCAUCAUCUCUACUGGCCACGGAGAAGCUAGCAGAAGGAGCGAAGGAAGUGGUGGAGAUCGCCGUGCCGGAAAACCUGGUGGGUGCCAUCUUGGGGAAAGGAGGGAAGACGCUAGUGGAGUACCAGGAGCUGACCGGCGCUAGGAUCCAGAUCUCCAAGAAAGGCGAGUUCAUCCCUGGAACUCGGAACAGGAAGGUGACCAUCACGGGUUCCCAGGCUGCCACGCAGGCUGCACAGUACCUGAUCAGCCAGCGAAUCACCUACGAGCAGGGGGUACGCGCCACCAACCCACAGAAGGUGGGCUAAACCUGACAGCCAAUGAGAAACGAGGAGGAAAAGAGGAAAAAAAAAAGAGUGGGGGCUUGGGGGAGGAGUAUAAAAAGUGAGAGUGAGAAUGGAAAAAGGAGAGGAGAGCAAGAAUGUCAGAAGGAAUCGUCCACGCCUUUUUCUUCUGCGUGUUUUCAGUAUUCUCUAUUAAAAAAAAAAAAUUUGACGCGAAGCAAAAAUGUGCUGAGAAGACGAGGAGGGAGAGGAGCGAAUUAUCACGCUGAAAAACCAAGAAAAAAAUGUGUAACAUGUAAAUAAGGUUUUAUUACUUAACGUCUUGACCUUUUGGGAUUUUUUAUUGUUUUGUUUUAUUGUUUUUUGUUUUGUUUUGUUUUGUUUAGUAAAUUAAGCUGUCUGUUUGUCCGUUUGUGUAUUGUGUGGACAAAGCUGAAUGCCAUGUAGACAGGCCGAC